UGCCGCGGCAACCGGGGCCCAGGAGCCAGUGAGGACAGUGUUGCGGGGUUCUGAAGACCUCACGUCGCUGAACCCUCUGGAGGUGCAGGCCCAUGGCUGAAGUCCACAUCAUUGGUCAGAUCGUGGGAGCCAGCGGAUUCCCCAGCAGCAGCCUUUUUUGCAAAUGGGGGAUCCAUACAGGUGGUGCCUGGAAGCUGCUGUCGGGGCUCCGGGAGGGGCAGACCCAAGUCGACCACCCCCAGUUGGAUGACGUGGCUUACUGGUCCCACCCCAUCGACGUCCACUUUGCCACCAAAGGCCUGCAGGGUUGGCCCAAGCUCCACGUCCAGGUGUGGCACCACGACUCCUUUGGCCGGACCGAGCUGUACGGCUACGGCUUCUGCCACGUGCCCUCCAGCCCGGGCUUCCACCAGCUGGAGUGCGUCACCUGGCGCCCUCUGGGCUCGUGGCAGGAGCAGCUGUCCCAGCUCUUCGUGGGCGGAGGCCCCCAGCUGCUCAACAGCGACCUGAUCUACACGGGCGCCGACCGCUACCCGCCUGCAGACCCGCGCCAUGGGCACCGUCCACCUCCAGCUGGCCAUCCUCCUCCGCAACUUUGACCGCUACGGCGUUGAGUGCUGAGCCCCGGGCCGCUCCAGCGCGGGAGUGUCGCCCCCGCAGGGCCAGGAGGUAGGGAGGUUCCCCAUCCUCUUUGGCACAAAGACCGCAAACCUCGUCACAUGAGAAAGAAAGGCUUCUGCUGCUGCAGCCAUGAACGCGGUGUUUGGGGGCAGGCGGGUGGGCAGGAAGAGGUACCUGCUGAUGAGCAAAUGGGUCCUCGCUGCUCUUCCCCUGCUGCAAGGAAAGCAGGCUCCAGCUCACGUGCAGAAGGUACGGGCUGAAGAUUCCUCAGUUUGAUUUGGGACCCGAAAAGGCCCAAAUGGCAGGUGUUUGGCCAGGCGAGGUAAGGAGCCAUUUCGAUCGUGUUCCUGAUGCCCC